GAAUCCAUCCAUCCAUCUAUCUAUAUAUCUAUCUAUUUAUCCCAUCCACAAAUACAAAAGCACAAAACGGAGUUUGUCGGGCCACACAGUGGGGAUGGAACCCAACACCCCCCUAAUCGCACCGUUCGUUAUGAAGACUUAUCAGAUGGUCAGCGAUCCCAUGACCGACGGCCUCAUCACAUGGGGUCUAGCCAACAACAGCUUCAUCGUCAUCGACCCCUUAGAUUUCUCUCACAGAAUUCUACCUAUCUACUUCAAACACAACAAUUUCUCCAGCUUUGUCCGUCAGCUCAACACAUAUGGGUUUAAAAAGGUGGAUCCAGAUAGAUGGGAGUUUGCGACCGAGUGGUUUCUGCGGGGGCAAAAGCAAUUACUGAAGAAUAUUGUGAGGAAAAAACAUAGUCGGAAUAGUAAUUAUAAGUAUGAGGAAGGUGAUGAUGAGGAGAUAUUGAUGGAGAUAACAAGGUUGAAGCAAGAACAGAGAGAUUUAGAGCAAGAGCUUGAAGGCAUGAACAAGAGGUUAGAGGCAACGGAGAGGCGCCCACAACAAAUGAUGGAGUUUCUUUAUAAAGUUGUUGAAGACCCAGAGAUUGUGCCCCGUAUGAUGCUUGAGAAACAGAGGACUACAAAAUUGGCUGAGAAGAAGAGACGUCUCCUGAUAUCACCCCCUUCUUCUUCAUCAGGAGCGGCGGUAUCAGAUUCGGUCAAGAGUGAAGAGGGAGAUGAGAACACUACCGCAGGGGUAAUUCCGUCAACUUCUUCAUCGGAGACGGAUUUUGACCUCGACGGGUUUUGCUGGUCAUCGGCAUCGCCCGAGACGUCCUCUGUCGCGUGGUUCAGUCAAAGACAAGUCAUCGGUCGGCCUCUAAUCAUCCAAGAACCUAAUUAUUGUACAGCCAUUCCGAGGCGGACAUCGACAGCUUCUGCCGCCGGAAUAAAUGGUUUUACCACGGCGUCGCAGCCCAUGAAGGAUGUAUCCGGGUACGACAGUAGCGGUAGCGAGAUGGGUUACUUAGGAGGUUUAGGAGCUGGGGCGGAUGAGAGUCCACCGCCUUAUCCGUUCUCACUGUUAGGAGGGGGCUUUUAGUUGCUUCACAAGUUUUCAUCAUCUUAUGUUAUUACAUAUUAUUUUUUAUUUUCUUUCUGUAAAACAAAAAUAAAAAAAUUUAAUAUUUGUUUUUUUA